CCUGAGGUGCGGGUUGCAAGUGGCUUGCCCUCUUGACAGCUUUAAAAUGGAUCUGAGGACAAUCGUCACGGUAGAGCCGGUGGUGUUCCUAUUCUUGAUGUCCACCUAUCUCAGCUCCUUCGCCAUUCAGCAGUUGGUAUUGGUCAAGAUUUGUGAAGAGCUGCAUUUCGAAAAGGAUGUGUGUAGCAACUUCUCACACAAUUUGCAGGAUUCUCUCGUCAUUCAAAGUCAAGCCUCAUAUGUUAUGUUACUCUACACAGCUGUUCUUACUUUCUUGUCCAUACCUACGUCAAUCCUGCUUGGUGCGUGGUCUGAUCAUGGAGGUCGUAAGCUUGGCAUGAUAUUGCCCUCUGUUGGCUCAUUAAUCGGCGGCAUAAUUUUGAUAGUGAUGGUGUGUGUGAAAGAAAUGUCCGUGUACUGGUGCGUUUUAGCAUCUGCUAUGAUCGCAAUCUUUGGAAAUUAUCCUGUUAUUUUUCUCAGUGUCUUCAGUUAUAUUUCUGACACUACUACUGUUGAGAAUCGAACCAAGUUCAUCAGCAUUGUAGAAGCAAUGGUUUAUAUCGGGGGAACUGUUGGAUUUCUACUGAGUGGAUGGUUGCUCCAGCGUUUUACCUUAAUUUAUGUUUUUGGUGUGUACUGUGGAUGCCAAGUACUGACUAUUUGCUACGUACUUCUGUGGCUGAAGGAGUCAAAUCAUUCCAGUGAAUGGUCAGACUUGGCUGGUGAAACACCUCCCAACAGCAGAGAUAGAACCCUAAAAAAUUCCUUGUUAUUAUAUGCCUCAAAAACGUGGAAAACUUUUUCAAAGGAACGAGAUGGACAAGAUCGAUUGAAGCUAUAUCUCAUUUUUAUUUGUGGCAUGUUGAUGAGUGUUUGCAACACAGGUGAACAGUCUAUUCUGAUUUUAUUCCUGACACACCCACCACACCACUUUUCACCAGAACUAUAUGGAGUGUACAAUGCAAUGAAGAUGUUUCUUGGUGGAAUUAUCUUGAUCGGGAUCUUUCCAUUUUUGUUGCGUUGCAUUAAGGAAAUGACCCUGGCCAAACUGGGGGCAUUGGUGAGAGUGAUUUCCCUCAUCCUGCUCUCAUUGUCCACCAAUACCUGGAUGGCAUUUCUGAGUGCCGUGAUGAAUAGUUUCUCUGGAUUCCUUGGACCUAUACUGCGCUCUGUGGCAUCAACUGUUGUGGAACAAAAUGAGCAAGAUGGCUGAGUGAAAUACCAACUUCACGUCCUUUGACUGACACUGAGAAUCGCAAUACUACAGAAGAAUGAAGAAGGUCUCGAAAAUUAUUCGUGCAAUUGGAGUCCGUGAUGACAACAGCGGUCCUGUUGCUGGUCUUGCUGAAGUGGAAUCCUGCACCACAGGAGAGGACAUUUGGCCUUUUGUGCCUGUACUUACAGCUUUCAUCUAAAUGUCACGGGCUAAUAGUUCCAGAAAAUAUUGCGAUUUCCAUUUGAUUCAUUUCAGAGGUUUGGGUAACCUGUAUCUGACUUCAGGCCAUUGUGCAUGCCAAUCAAGUUUUAAUUAAAAAUAUGAAGUAAUUGUAUUGAAGGUAUGAUAGUUACUUUGUAUAAAAUUCAAG